AUUUAGAACGCCCUCUACCGCAUAUUGAAGACAGUUUUGCUGAAAGAAGCUUGUGAAAGAAUCCUCUAGAAAGUAGUCAAGAAUCUCCGGUAUCAAAAUCUUUACGUGAAUUUUGUUCAUUUAACUUGAAGCGAAAAAUAAAGCAGACAAGAUGUGUGACCGCAAGGCGGUGAUCAAGAAUGCUGACAUGAGCGAGGAGAUGCAGCAGGAUGCUGUGGACUGCGCAACGCAAGCCCUCGAGAAGUUCAACAUAGAAAAGGACAUUGCUGCCUUCAUCAAGAAGGAGUUCGACAAGAAGUACAACCCGACGUGGCACUGCAUCGUGGGCCGCAACUUCGGGUCGUACGUGACGCACGAGACGCGCCACUUCAUCUACUUCUACCUCGGCCAAGUGGCAAUCCUGCUGUUCAAGAGCGGCUAGCUCCGCCCCUCGCUCUCUAAAUUUUUAGUUGUUACGGACAGUUCCCGAGCGGUACAUUCCGGACUCUCCCGCUCCGAGGCAGUGAAGUGAAGCCCUUAUUAUCAAAUGCUGGUCAUUCUGUGCGCUGACACUCCGCACUGUUCGUACUAUGUUAGCUAAGAUUCCAUUAAGUCAAAACUCUGUACAACAUUCACAUCUAGUGUAUUUAUAUUAAACAAAUUUUAGUUGUAA